CCCAUGAUAUCCACCUUUUACAUGGAUCAUACAAUUUAUAAAUAUUUACAACCAUAAUAAUUAAUCAAUGUAUUAAUGAUCAAUAACUAGUGGAUGCAUCAAUAGUGAACAAUUAAAUAAUUUAAUUCAUAAUUAGAUUUUAUGGGUAUUAAUGUAAUUAUGGAUUAAAUUAAAAAACUAAACAAAACACUAUAAAUCCACAGCUCCUGCCCCACAACUCCAACAAGGAGAUCACAUAAUUCAGGAUCUGGGAGAUGGAAAAUCUGUAACUCCACAUCCUAAUAUACAAACUCUUCUAUAUUACAUCACUUUAUUAUUAUGUUUUGUUAUAUCAAGCACAAUGCAGAUGUAUUUAUUUGUUCCUGAUCAUCUUACAGACUCUUACAAUAACAGCACAACAAUUUCAGCUGCUCUUAUAUCUGGUAUAGAAUAAGCAGGGGGUGUAAGUCUUAGUCAACAUCCAUAGUUGUAUCUAUUUGUAUCUCUGUAACUUGUGUCAGCACCUGGGAAAUAUUACUUGUUACAAUUUGGUAACAUGUAAAGAGUAUAAUACAAAGCUCUCACCACCAGGUGUCGCUAUUGUAACACAAUGUAUCUGAUCUGUAUAAACUGUAACUGUAAGGAUUUAUACUGCUGUGAUAAAUAGACGAUCUCUAUGGAUAGAUGUGAUUUAAGGAAGUUAUUGAUUUACCCAAAUUUGGAGGUACAUUUAACUCUUUCGUUAACUGGUUGUACACAUGGUGUUAUCCAUCCUGAGAAUUGAUGGGUUUAUUUGUUUUUAUGGUAUUAACACGUGGGAUCAGGCUCUCGGACGAUUAUUCUCGGUCACUCUCAUUGCACAUAUCGGGGCUCCAUAUAAUGUCGUACAAUGUGUGCAGAGUCUUGGUGCCCGGGGGUGAGCAGUCCUGUAGACCUGGUAAUGCUGCCCGAGUGAUCGAUCCAUUCACAAGAUUUGUUCUGCCAUCUGCUGCUCCCCGCACACACAUUAUACACCUGACAGAUUAUUGUGCUGCUAUUGAUCCUCUCCCAUGUGUGUAACAUACAGCUCACACACCUGCCCGAUCACCAUUCCCGCUCGGUACAAUGACGACUGCUCUUCUCUAGAAUGUUGGGGAGAAUCGCGGUAAGAAAAAAAAACUGAUUAUUUAGAAUCGGAAAAAUGCAGCAAACGUUUUGGAAUGGGCGGGAAAUUCAAAACCUUCUUGUCUCGUGUUCAGCCAAUCAACGGAAAGGGGGGAGGGUCAGGAAUGUAAAUGUGGUUAAAAGAAACGCCCCCCGGAUGAUGUCAUCUUUGUUCCAGUUUUCUUUCAGGUCCACCCAUGUGCCAUAUAAGCCGGACUCGGCCGCACUCAGUAUCUUGCAGUCUACUCGCUACAUAGAGAAGAUGUCUGGACGCGGUAAAGGAGGGAAAGGUCUCGGUAAGGGCGGAGCCAAGCGGCACAGGAAGGUGCUCCGGGAUAACAUCCAGGGCAUCACCAAGCCUGCCAUCCGCCGUCUAGCUCGCAGGGGAGGUGUGAAGCGCAUCUCCGGCCUCAUCUAUGAAGAGACUCGCGGUGUCCUGAAAGUCUUCCUGGAAAACGUCAUCCGUGACGCCGUCACCUACACCGAGCACGCCAAGAGGAAGACCGUCACCGCUAUGGACGUGGUGUACGCCCUCAAGCGACAGGGCCGCACUCUCUACGGCUUCGGAGGUUAA